UUUCCUAAAGUAAAAUUUUGCGUGUGCUGUGUUUGUACACAGUCGACCGCAAAAUUCUGUUUUCUGCACUCGUUUUUUAAAACAAUUCCUCGAAUUUGCAAAGUAUAUUUGAAAACAAAGUUGUCCUUUAUACCUCAUUUACAAUGAGGCAUGGUAAGAUCUACCGUCGGAUGGCUGGAGGGCCAAAACAACGAAUAAAUUUACUUCGACAUUUGGUGACUACGCUUGUGAAGUUUGAACGAUUGGAGGCGCCCUAUGGAAAGGCACAUGAAACUCAGAAAUAUGCAGAGAGGCUGAUUAAUAUUGCCAAGAGAGGAGACACCGACGAAGAGGCGAUGAAGAUUGCAGAUUUUUGGCUCUCGGACAAGAGACAAGUACACAAGCUCUUCAAAGUUCUAGCGCCUCGCUUCGCAAGCCGACAGAGCAACUACACGCAACUCCAUCGAGUACCCGGCUACGAAGGAGAGAGAAAUAUCGCAAUGGCGUUCUUAGAAUACUGUGGCAACCCGUACCCACCUCUUCAGCCAAUCAAAAAGAAGAACCCAAAUUGGAUUUUGAAUAUUCUCAUCCGGGAAGGGAUAAAAGAUUUGAAAGCAACUGGUGUCCUCCAAGGAGCUGGUAACCAUUUUAAGUCCGUUGCAUCGAACAAUGGGUCCACAGAACUGAAAGGACUUGAAACAGCUCUAGGAGAUUUGCAACUUGGAGUGUCACAAGAGGGCGCUGUUGAUGAUAAGCAGGUUAAUGUGCCAAAGGAUGGCACUCCUGUAUGAAACAUAAUCACCAUGACUACCAGUGUGGAACCCAAUCACCACGAAUACUAUUAGUAAAAAUGAAAUUGCGGACUAAACAAAGUAAUUAUCAAACUGACCCAUAGGGUUAUAUAUAAGAACUAGAGGACCGCACGAGACACGCGCGUGCCAUUCUGUAUGUGCGUUGAAUAUGAAAUAUAUUUUGGAGUAUGUGUUUAUUGCAUGCUACGCAAUGCUGUUUUGUCAACAUACAAAAUGGCAGCACAAACACAUGCUGUGAGAUGUCUGUUUUAUCAACUUAGAAAAUGGCCACCUGCGCACAUGCCAGGGCACGUAUAUAGGCCAGUGCGCCCUCUAGUUCUCAUAUGACUCUAUGAACUGACCAGAGUUCAUAAUAUCACCAAGGAGUAAAUUUAUACAUACAAAUCUGACUGGAGAAUGGUUAGCUGUUAGGUUGCAAUUUUACAAACCUGUUAAGAUAGUAGUGUUAAACUUUAAGAUAGUAGACACUAUUGGUAAUUGUCAAAGACUAGUCUUCACAGUUGGUGUAUCUCAACAUAUGCAUAAAAUAACAAA